AUGAAAAAAACAAAAACAUUACAGGGAGGAAGAAAAUCAAAAGGAGGAGCAGAUUCAAAUAGCCCUUACUCGUCCGUGAACUCAUCGGUCUCAUCAAAUGGAAGCAACGGAUCGAGAAACGGAUACAGCGCUGAGAACAUUGCUCCAUCAUCUGAAAUUAGGACUAUAGAGAGAAUUAAAAGCAUAACACUACCUGACACAUCGGUAUCAUCGACCACAAAAAAAGCUGGGACCGAAACACUCACUAACUCUGCUGAAAAGACAACCCCUACUAAAUUGCACAAACGGUCUGACAAUGAGCAUCAGAUUUAUACCUCACCGGAAUCAGAAAUUUCACCUUCAUCACGGACAUUGUACAAUGAACAACAAGAACUGAGAGAACGUGUGGAUCAAUAUCUUAAAGAUGCAUUUGAAAACCGACUUGCCUCAAUGAUGAAUUUAAGGAUGCAGAUGGAAGAACUUGCCAACGCACACAAACAAGAGGAAGAUUUAUAUGUACAAACUAUCAGAGAUAUACUAAAACGAAACACAUUCGAAAACGAAAAACGAAGAGAGAUUGAAAUCAAUUUGAAAGAUAAAAUUUCAGACAUGGAAAACAGGCUUCGGAGCGAGUUUUUUGAAAAGCAAAAAACGUUCGAGGAAUUUCAAACCUUCAAAGAGAAAGGAACGUCAAUCAUAUACAGGUUAAGAGACUCGUUGAAAAAGAUAACAGAAAAAUACAAGGAAGAAAAGCAAAAGAAUAUGAUCUUAAAAAAGCAACUGAAAGAAUGUGAGGACGCCUGGGAAGAAGAAUCAGUAAAACGUGAGAAAUAUGAAAGAAUUCUUGCGGAUAAGCAAAGUAUUGGAGAAGCAUUGUUGCAAGAGAAGUAUCAACGGCUAAAGGAGCAAAAUAGUACACUUCGAGAUGAGAUUGCAUACCUAAAAUCUACUCAAGGAAACGUUAAACUCACAGAGCAACAUUCGCAAAGCGUUAUGAAAGAAACAGAACGAGUUUUGGAGUCCAAGUUAAGGGAGUUCCAAAGAUUAUUAGAGGAGGAAGAGUCUCUUAUUGAGGAUCUUAAGAAAAAGGUGUCCAUGAAAAAUCAAGAAAAUUCCGAGCUCCGUAAAGAGUUAGAACGGUUAAAGUUUGAAAGGGGCCUAAACAUGGACAUUAAUGAUGUAUCCGCAGUAGAAAUUCCUAAGGAGUACUUGGAUGUUUACACUGAAAUUAAGGGACUACUAGAUCCAGAGGAUCAUGUAAAUCUGCAAACAGAUGCCAACCCCAAGGACAAAAUCAAAUCUCAAAAUAGAUUUAUCAAGCUGCUACUAGCGAAGUUAAAAUCCGAAGAGAAUGACAGAAUUAAAUCCAGUGAGCAAAAUGUGAAAAUUAUCAUGGAGCAAGAAAAAACAAUAUCUUUCCUCGAUAAGAAAUUGAGAGAAUUGGAAAAUAUUAUCAUAGAUCAGAGAGAAGAAGCGCAAAGGGAGCAUGAAAAGGCUCAACGUAUCAUGCGAGGACAAGGAAUCAUGGAAGAAGAGGUGGAUGAGCACAACAAGCUCAAAGAGCUGGAAAAGAAGCUCGAUGACAUCACGCAAGAUUUGAAUAGCUCCAUUCAGUCAAUCCAAAGUACAGAGCUUGAAAUUAGGCCUACGAUAGCAGAGACUACAACAGAGAAAGAAAUAAUUCUUGAUCAAGUUAACGAGCAAGACCUACCUACAGAAAAUAAUGCUCAGCCAAAAGACGAUCCAAAUGAGCUGAUUGCAGAGGGUCAAGAGGUUGAUGACAAUAAUUAA